AUGACGACAGGCCUGAUGACGUGUACAGGCCUGAGACGUGGGCAUAUGCCUGACGACGUGGGCAUAGGCCUGACGUGUGGCAUAGGCCUGACGACGUGCGGCACAGGCCUGAUGCAAGACACACUGAAGGACUUCUUGGAUAGGAAGGAGAGGGGAGAGCUGAUGGUGCAGAAAACUGGGUUCCUCAAACAAAACAUCCUCAAACAGGUUAGCCUGUCUGUUUCUGUGGGAGGUGCAGUGUGUUUCGGUGAUGUUGUGAUGCUGGUGAAUGUGUGCGGAGACAACAGCUGCUCAGUCAGCAUCUACGCUGACCUGACCAACCUGGGGGAGGGGCCUAGUCCAGCCAUUCAGGCUCCCUGUGGGGUCAGUGGGGGGAGGAGUCUGCAGCCAUGCACACGCAACGCAUUCAUCAUCAGCAGUGUGGAUGGCAGUGCAGAGGGAGAGCCUCUGCGCUACAAUCAGAGUUUCGCCCUCAGAACAACUAGUGGCUUUGCUGGAGGGUUGUAUCUGACGAGUGACCACAAGACCUUCCAGAAGGUGAUUGCUAUUUUUUUUCAUUGAAGGACUGACCCUUAACAGACAUGAAUCCCUGA